AUGGUUGGGCUGUAUCCGUCUUUCUUGGUCAUUGCCUUGGGGGUUUGGGGUUCGACAGCCGAUUCCUCCUUAUUCGAUAUCAACACCGACAUUGCCCUGCCCGAGCGAGCAUGUGGAACUGAUAAUACUGCUGUCCGGAAGGAAUGGUUUGGGGAGUUGAAGAAAGCUGAGCGGAUCGACUAUAUUGAUUCGGUACUGUGUAUGCAGGGGAAGCCUCAGCAACUUCCAAGAAAAGAGUACCCGGGAGUGCAGAACCGGCUCGACGAUUUUGUGGCAACCCAUAUCAACUAUACACUCAAUGUCCACCUUAGUGGUCUGUUCCUCCCAUGGCACCGUCACUUCCUCUGGCUCUGGGAGACAGCCCUGCGAGACGAGUGUGGUUACUCCGGCCAUCUCCCGUACUGGAAUUGGCCAUUGUGGUCAGAGAACCUGAAAGUUAGUCCUCUCUUCGACUGCAGCGACAGCUCCCUCUCCGGCGAUGGAAAUUAUAACCCAGACGAGCAAAGCCUCUCCGGCGGCGCCGUAACCAUACCACGAGGAUCGGGCGGCGGCUGUGUGCGCUGCGGACCCUUCAAAGACAUGAAAAUCCACAUGGGACCGUUCGACCGCAACAUUGUCUCAUUCGACAAACUCCCCGCCCCAGGCUUCGACUACAACCCGCGCUGUUUCAACCGAAGUCUGAAUAACUUCGUCAGCAGCAACUACGAUAACCAGACCAUCGUCGACCGACUCCUAUCCGCGGCUAAUAUCUCCGAUUUCCAGACCGUCAUGGACUAUUGGCCCGCACGGCCCGGCGGAGUGCUGGGCGUGCAUGGCGGCGGACAUUUCAGCCUCGGAGCUACCCUCCAAGACUUGUUCACGUCGCCGCAAGACCCGGCUUUCUUCCUGCACCAUGGUAUGAUCGAUCGGUUAUGGAGUAUGUGGCAGGCCAAAGAUGAGGACCAUCGUCGAUUUGCACUUAAUGGUACGAAUAGGCUGUCUAAUCCGCCGGAUGCGCCGCUUGUCACGGUCGAUAUGGAGAUGGAAUUUGGUAUCCUCGAUCAGCCUCGAUCGGUCGGCGAUGUUAUGGAUCCAACUAGAUACUAUUGUUAUUCGUACACCUGA